CCAUGCUCGCCAAGUCGGUCAAGUCGUCGGUCGGGAAGCUCGCGCCGGCCUCGAGCGUUCUCUUUGUCUGCGAUAUCCAAGAGAUCUUCCGCGACCGCAUCUACGAGAUGCCAUCGGUCAUCGCCGGUGCCCAGACGCUCGUGCAAGCGGCCAAGCACCUCGAGAUGCCCACCAUCGCCACGACACAGUACGCGGCGCGCUUUGGCGCCAUGGUCCCCGAGGUCGAGCUUCCGGCCACCUUGACGGUCCACGACAAGACGCUCUUUUCGAUGCUGACGCCCGCCGUCGACGCCGAGCUGCGCGCGCUCCAGCCGCGCUCUGUCGUGCUCUGCGGCAUCGAGAGCCACGUGUGCGUGCUUCAGACGUGCCUCGACUUGAUCGAGGCCGGCUACGACGUGCACGUGCCUGUCGACGCUGUCUCGAGCAGCACCUCGUUCCUGCGCUCGAUGGGCCUCGAGCGCAUGCAAGCGUCGGGCGCCUUCUUGACGUCGGUCGAGUCGGUGGUCUUCCAGCUCACGGCCGACUCCAAGCACCCGAACUUCCGCGCGAUCUCGAGCCUCAUCAAGACGCACACGACGGCGCCCAAAGGUCUCUCGCACUUGUAGAAAAAUCGCGUCCAAAAAAUAAAGCAACUUCGUCUUGGGUGCUAUCCUA